AUGGCAUUGAAUAUUGGUAUCUAUGAAGUUGGUAUAAUUUCCACUUCUUUGUUAUUGAUCUUAGCAUUCAUUCCAUUGUAUAGAAAAGAAAUGAAGCAUAAAAAUUACAAUAAAGUAUUAGAAGCCAGUGGUGUAUAUAAAUCAUUCCCAUUGGUCACCAAAACUGUCUUAACUAAAGACACAGCAAUUUACAGAUUCGAAUUACCAAAAGAAAAUGAUGUACUAGGUUUACCAAUAGGACAACAUAUCUCUGUUAAGACCACUGUUCCAGAUAACGAGUCUCCAGAUGGUUUCAAAAAGGUUGUUAGAGCUUAUACCCCGAUCUCACUGGAUGAGGAUUGUCCAGGAUACUUCGAUCUUUUGAUUAAGUCUUAUGAGUUAGGGACCGUUUCUCGUAUGUUCGGUGAAUUAUCUAUUGGUGAUAGGAUUAAUAUUACCGGCCCACAAGGGUUUUAUGACUACACACGUAAUUGCCGGAAUGCUAUCGGGAUGGUUGCAGGUGGUACAGGAAUCACUCCAAUAUAUCAAGUGAUGAGAGCGAUAUUUGAUGAUGUUAAGGAUAAGACACAAAUCUAUUUAGUAUAUGGCAGUCGCACUGAAGCAGAUUUAUUCUUGAAGAAUGAAAUUGAUUUAAUGGUUUCCAAGAGACCAACUCAAUUCCAUGUUUAUUACCUCGUUGAACAGACUGAUAGAGAUGAUUGGGAAGGUGGUAUUGGAUACGUGACACGUGAAAUCAUGGAAGCACAUCUACCUCCACCUGGACCAAAGGAUAAAGUUCAAUUAUUAAUCUGUGGUCCGCCAAAGAUGAUCUCUUUUACAAAACGUACUGCAAUGUCCAUAGGUUUCCAGAAAGGUGGUCCGGUGUCCAAGAUGCAAGACCAAAUAUUUGUGUUUUAA